AUGACCAUUAGCAUGAAAUAUUCAACCAAAACCAAACGAACUUUACAACGGCAAUCUCGUCAAACAACCGGUUUAGCCAGCAGGCAUCUGUCGCACAGCAAGAACUCCACCACUAUGAUAACCCAACCAGCGUUUGCUAUUGCUUUUAUUAUCUCAGAAAUUAUCUCCCUGUGCUGCACUAUAUCUAUAUUAAUGUGCAGCAGCCUUGAAUACCGGUCCGUUCACACAAACUAUACAAUACUAUGCCACUUUCUCUUAGUUUUAUUAUAUAACGUCAAAUCCGCACUAUCUAUUACUUCCAUCCUGCAACGAGCCUAUCAAGACGAAAGUCCCGAAAACUUGCACGUCACAAUAUUAAGUCUUGUACUUGCCAAUAUAGCUCCGCUGGCCUUAUACAUUCUUAAAAACGCCCCAACUACACCGGCCAAUAUAACCUCAAUGAUUAUCCCAUGGGAGAUAGGUUUAUGGAUUGUAUCCACUGCCUUCGGUUUAUUUUGGUGGUGUGUCAUUGUCUUCCAGGUGUACACAGCCCCUUCCAAAUUCAAGUCCCACAGCAGAAGAAUCCUUGCUCUCAACAUCCCCGCCAGCCUUAUCAUUCAUUUCUUGUUGUUUAUUAAGAUUUGCCUCUUCCCCCCCUAUUACGAAUUAAUCAAACCUACAUACUAUCAUACUAGUAAUUGA